AUGCGAUGCGAUGAGAUAAGACAGGACAGGACAGAUCCGUCGUUUAGGGUUACCAACAACAAGCACCGCAUGGAUGACGAAGACCUAGCCGCCAUACUCACGUCCACUUCUACAGAUGCUACUACAACCUCCAGGGCGCAACUAGACGAAAAGCAUAGUCAGAAGUCUGACCUGGCAUCCUCAUUCUUGUCCACUUUGAGCGAUGAUUCAUUGAUAGACUACAUUACAAACAAUAACGAUGGAAACCCGUCCCCGGCUCCUACUGUUACGACUACUACAGAGCCGGAGUACACUAGGGGUGACUACUUUCAUGAAAAGAAGGCAAGACAGGAUGAACAAGAUCAGCUGUUGAGAGAACAAUAUAGAACCAAUCUGGGGGCAGAGCCACCACAAAUCUUCCAAAAUUGUAUCAUUUACAUAAACGGGUACACUGUACCAGGUAGGCUACAACUACAUGAAAUGAUUGUGCUUCAUGGUGGGAAAUUCCUGCAUCAUUUGUCCGCGAAGAAAAAAGUCACCCAUAUAAUCGCCUCCAAUUUACCCUUGAAGAAAAGAUUGGAGUUUCAAAAUUAUAAAGUCGUCAAACCAGAUUGGAUAGUGCAAAGUAUUGCUCAGGGGAAACUGUUACCAUGGCAGGAUUUCGCCUUAUUGACCAAUCUGGAUGAAAGACAAAAGAAAUUACCGUUAUUAUUACCGAAGAAACAAGAUUCAAAAACUAUAGUGGAUUGUAAUGAUCCGAAUUUUAUUUCCAGUUAUUUCCAAAAUUCAAGAUUACAUCACUUAUCCACUUGGAAAUCUGAUUUGAGAGCCAAAUUCCUUAAUGAAAUGGAUUUCACUAGGACCAUCGAGAAGACGGACCCACUGACAAUUUUCCACUUCGAUUUCGAUUGUUUCUUCGCUACGGUGGCAUACAUGUAUAAGGAUCCACAAUUAAAGUGUGAUAUGGACGUGGACCCCAUCGUAGUAUGCCAUGGGAAUAAAAAUUCUGAUAUUGCAAGUUGUAAUUACGUGGCAAGGAAAUAUGGAAUUAAGAAUGGGAUGUGGGUCUCACAGGCAGAAAAAUUAUGUCCUGCAAAUGUUAAAUUAAUAACUUUACCUUACAAUUUUGAACAAUUCGCCAAGAAAUCUGAAAUCUUUUAUAACGUGUUGAAAGAUUCAAAUUUUUUUGAUCUAAUUCUGCCGAUGUCCAUAGAUGAAGCCAUAUGUGUCAUGGUAUUGGACCCCAUGUCAAACAGAGAGAAAUUGGAAACCAUUUGCAGGGAUAUAAGAGCAAAAGUGUUUACGGAAACUAAAGGUUGCUCCAUUAGUGUUGGAUGUGCAGAUUCAUUGAUCCUGGCAAGGUUAAACUUAAAGAAAUCUAAACCAAAUGGUGCCUUUAUCCUCAACUCUAAUGAAUUAGACUCAGACUUUUUAAACGAAUUUAAACCUGAUGAUUUGCCCGGUGUCGGGUAUUCCAUCGUCUCCAAAUUAAGAGAGAAAUUUUCUACAAGUAAUCUGACUUUACAAGAUUUGAAAAAUGAGUCCACUUUAAUUUCAUUACAAGACUGUGUGGGUCAAAAAUUAGGUCUCAAGAUUCAUUUGGCAUUGCAAGGUAAAGAUGAUGAAGAGAGUUCCAAAUUAAUAUAUGAUCCGGAAUCCAUUCUGGAGAGGAAAUCACUUUCUUUGGAGAUUAAUUGGGGGGUCAGAUUUAAUGAAAUUAACCAAGUGGAUACUUUCAUCGAUAGAUGUUGUCAAUAUCUACACGAAAAAUUAAAUGACUUGGAAAAAUUGACACCUCAAAUAACAUUGAAAAUUAUGAAGAGAGCACCUGAUGCCCCCAUUGAACCUGCUAAAUAUCUGGGGAUGGGGAGAUGCGUUCCUUUCAAUAAGAGUAGUCGUCUCGGUACUCCAACAAAUGAACUUGGUAUUAUUGCCACUGAAGUGAAAAGUUUAUAUAGGAUAAUCGGUUGCCCGCCCAAUGAAGUGAGAGGUGUUUCCAUACAAUUUAAUAAACUAUGUUCUCCCUCGAUAAAUCAACAACCUGCUUUGAAACUACCCUUUGUCAAGUUGAAUGCGCCACCUAAUAAUAUUCAAGAUAAAACGAACCAUGAAUUUAAGAAAAGGAAAAUAUCUCUGGAGACACCAACAAUGAGAUUAAUCUCACCACCAAAGAAAUUUGACAUACUAACAUCAUUUGAAGAGAAGUUUAUUGAAAAUUUACCCACACAGAUAGGUGAGGAAUUGAAGAAGGAUUUAAGAAUUAAGAAGAAGAUUCAACAAACGAAACGUAAAGAAAUUGAAGAAGAGAUUACAAAGAGGCAGGACCUUGUUAAGAAUUACAAAUCCCAUUUCUUUAGUGAGAAUAGUUUAUUUGAACCUAUUAAAUUUCAAAAUAUUUCCAAUUUCAAAAAAAUUUCACAAAUGAUUAUGGAAUGGGUGGAUGGAACUUUGAGAGAAGGUGGACCACAUGAACGUGACGUUAAAUUGUUUGAGAAAUAUUUGAUACGAUUGUGCGAUUCUAAUAGAGUCCAUCUUGUUUUGAGAUUGAGUAAUUUAAUUUCCAAUAAACUGAAUGUGUGUCCCCGAAGAGACAAUGAAGAGCGAGGGUUUCAAGAAUGGGAAAGAAUAUUGAUGAAAUUGAUGGUCCCUAUCUUGAAUAGAAAUAAACAUACAUUCCAGACUGUCCGUAAACUUGAUAUAGAUUAUGAUUUAUAA